AUGGCAGACAGUGAACAACUCCAACACUAUCCCAAUCGCUUCACCGGGUCCGAUGAAAGGCGGGAAGACNNCUUGGUACAGAUUGCGAAGGAGAUUUUGAAUGAACACCCAGAUGGUCUCACUUUGCAAGAUAUCUGCGAUAAGAGCAAUGGUGCCCAGAGCAAAAGUGGUCAGGCCCCAAGAACAGCGAAGAACUCGAUGGGGGCCACGCUGAGCCAACAUAAAGAGCUCUUCCGAAAAGAACCUUCGAAGGAGAACAAAAAGUACAAAUGGUAUCUGAUAGCCCCUAUUCCUGGUAUUCCUACUCAGUCAAUGAACGAAUCGCUGGAUCAAAGCCUUGUCACUCACACAACCAACACCACGAUGGCUUUGACCACUCCUCGAGAGCAAGAGCCAAGUGAAGGGCGCAGCAUGACCAACAAUGGUGUCUCUGAACGUGAAGGUCAAGUUGAGACGAACGGAGACGACGCCACGACACCUCCAGAAACGUCUUCGGCUGCGACUGCCCAGAAGAUCGAUUUCAUGAUUGAAACCGCAGGUUCUCCGCGUACCGGCGGAACAGAUGGACCAGCCGCAGCCCUGGGAACUGAGCCAAGCCAACAGUCUCAUCUGUACGAGCUGCAGCAGACCUCUCCGCCUUUGGUCGAUCGGCAAGAAGAGUCAUCGGCUCGCGAAUUGCAGCCUGCUGUCCACGAGGGUCGGGUCGGCACCAUGCCUGGCUUGCCCCCUGGUCUUAUGGUGGAAGAUCGCUCUAUCACCGCGGAUCAAUGCAUCGUUGUUGGGGGCGUAUCUACGGGGACCUCAGCUAAUGAGGACCGGAACAGCCCUGUCGUCCAAGACAGGUCUCCUGAACAAGCCCUACAUGAUCAUCUAGACGCAAUGGACAGCAUGCAAACAAAAAGUCAGAAUAUUUGCAGCAGNCUGUUACGUGAAAUCGACAGUGGACAUCAUCUAUCUCAAGGUCAACACGGGGUNGACACAAGUGAGACUCUGCAGGCCCUCUCAAGUCGCCUUUGGGAGGAGCCGAGGCUGGAUCCCAUGAUCCCCCAGGUCACCAUGACCGCCACCAGCGCCCAUCGAGCGAUAGAUGAUUACGGACGGGCUCAAUCCGUCGAAAACUGUAUCGGUGUGGCAAUUAAGAAGUGUGGUGAUGUGCAAGCCACAACAAGAGCUGGCAUCGAUCGUCUCAAGGAGCUAGUCGACCGUUUCGAAGAAUUUUCCCAUGAUCUCGAUAUCUCAAGACAAUUGCUACAAGAAAUUCAAAAACAAGCAACGGCUAACAACUUCCGCAGAAGCCAUAGCGAGUCCUUCGAAAACUCGCUACAGGGAUACAAGGCGCAAGCCACAGCCAGUCAGAGACUCUAUCGGAAAAGUCUCAAUGCCUUCACCGACGAUCAGGAUGAUGACGAUCAGGUCAUCGAGUAA